AUGAUUCCUCUAGACCAGGUUUGGUACUGGGGAAACAUUGACAAGAACACUGUUUCUCAAGCAUUAUCCACUCAAAAUGAUGGUGCUUUCAUUGUUAGGAAUGCAAGCACACCAGGUGAUUACACUUUGUCCAUCCGAUGUAAUAAUCAAGUGAAAUUGGUGAAAAUUCAUGUCGUAAAUGAUAAAUGUGGUUUCUCUUUGGAUUCCUUGACUUAUCCUUCGAUUGUAUCUUUAAUUAAUUAUCAUAGGACUGCUUCAUUGAAGAGUUAUAAUGAGCAACUAGACGUUACCUUAUCCUAUCCUGUUCCACGUCCAAGUGCACUGUUUUCUAUUGAAUCUCCUGUACCACGAAAAGAUGGAAAUUCUUCCCGAUCUUCAGUUCAAAGUGCUCCUUCUCCUAAUACUGUUCCUAAUAUCCAUCAAACAGACCCAGAAUGGAGUCGUCAAUUGUCUCUCGAAAGGCUGCGAAUAGCGGAAGCGAAUGUUGAACGUUGUACGAAACUCUAUGAUGCUGUGAAUUUUGAAUCAACCAGAGCAGAUGCUGUGUUUACUGUUCUCGUCAAAUCAGUUGAUGAUAUUCAGACAAAAAUGGUUAAACUCCAAGAAAUCUCCCGAACUCAAUCAGCUUGCAUAGAGGAAGAACCUGAAAGCCAGAAGAUUGAAGUUCUGAAAGCAAACAAACAGAUUGUGGAUAAGACGAUUGCUAAGCUUAAAGAAGAGAAAGAUAUCGUUGUCUCACAACGGGCACGAUUAUCCACUAUAAUAGAGGAAAUGAAAGAAGAGUUGAAGCUCGCAAAAACGAGGUUGUCGAAGAGUCAAGAGACUAGGAAGAUAGCAUACUCUCAAAUGCAUGAUGAUUUUUGCCCUAUAGAAUUCAGUCCCACCAAGUCACAGGUCAUAGAAAUGAUUGGUAAAGAAUCAAUGAAGGUCAGCCAACUCUUAGGGGAUCUUGACUUACCGUGGGAUCCUUCCCAAUACCUUAUAAAUGAUGCUUCCAAAGAAGCUACUGGUAGUUUGAUUAUGCUCGCUAGAACAAAAUCGUUAGCUGAGCGGAAGAAAACCGAAGGAAUAUUCCUUAUAAGGCCUUCUGCAACUAAGCACGGAAAAUUGGUACUGAGUGUUCUUAACGGGGAGCGAAUCUCACAUUGCUUAAUAGAACAAAACGAGCAGGGAUGGGGUUUUGAAAAUGGUGGUCUAUACUUUGUUACAAUAGGAGAUUUCGUGCGUUACUACGCUCAAGCUUCGUUGGAGGAGCAUAACAAAGAUAUUAAAACUAAUUUAACUCAGCCGGCUUUAUAA